CGUUCAGUAGAGAGAGGUAGACUGUCAUAAUGGUGCUAAUUUUGAUAAUAUUGGAUGAAGUAAAAUUUGAUUCUUCCAAAGAUAUAUUCAAGGCCUAUUUUGGCAACCAAAGGUAGUGUAACCCAUCAUAUUGUAAAUGCUGAAGAAGAUGAUAUAAUGAGGUGCUCAACUCUACCAACAUCCCUUUUGAAGUUUUCAAAAUGCUUUGAAGAUUAUCGCAUAUUAGGCCUACCGCUUAUUCAGCUGUGCUUUAAACAUAACAUACAGUUCAGAUACUCCUCAAGUUCAAGAAUCAGUGCAACGAAAACUCAAAGAAAAACUAGAAGAAUAACAACAUUGACAUCAGAUUUGAAGGACGAAUUUAAAUUUGAGUAUAAUCCACAUUUUCAUAAUGGCAGCAAAGAUGAGGAUACUCAUGUAGAUGGAUUAACGAUAAGUAAAAAUGGGAAAGCAUUAUUCUUUCCUUUAGAGAGGUGUAUAAACCAAGACCUUGCAAAGUGUGUGAAAUCAGAUUCAGCCUCAGCUAGUGUUUCAAGGAUUCUCAGUGAGACUAUGCCAGUGGAAAGGAUAGCAAUUCUUAAAAGAUGGGAGAACAAAAUGAUUCAAGAAUUGGGACUCCAAGGCUUCCAGACAUACAAACAAGAAAUGUUCAAAACUGGCCAUGACUUCCACCACUAUGUGCAGGAUUACAUUAGCUCUGGCAAACAACCUGAUGCCAUUCCAGAUGACUUGAGGGGAUACUGGACAAGUAUCAAACAUGUCUUCCCAGAUGUCACUGACCUAAAGUUCUUUGAGGCAUCAGUCCAACAUCCAUACCUCAACUACCAUGGGAUAGUUGACUGUGUUGCUGUCUUGAGAAAUCAUCUUUGUGUAAUUGAUUGGAAAACAUCGCGGAAAAAGAAACGCACCCUAAAUCAGAUCUACGACUACCCCCUACAGACAGCAGCCUAUGCAGGGGCAAUCAACUUUUCUGAAGGUACUCAAAAUCAGAUAACUAAUGUUGCAAUUGUCAUUGCAUAUAAAGAUGGUGACCAAGCAGAUGUACAUUUCUUAAACAGAAAUUUAACAAACCAAUACUGGACUCAAUGGUUAGGAAGAUUGCAGGAAUACAGAGAGUCACUUCCCGUGUCUACAUAAUUUUGUUUUAAGCCAGACACACACAGCAUCACCACAGUCAAUUUAUCUAUUGAGCGACUGACGCGCGAUGCCUUCUGCCGGUGAAUGACAUAGUGGAUCAGUUAAAUGUGAAUGCUUCUUUGUAGUGUGUUGUCCAUGGGAGUGCAUUAACUGAUAAUCAAAACUGCAGUGUGUACCUGACUUCAGUUUAUUGUUACAAAGUAGACAACAAGGAGCAACAUAAUAAACAGAUGUUUUUAUAAUGAUUCACGUCAGACAAGAAUUCUGGAAACAAUUAAGUUUUUUAUUUUCAAAAUUCAAGCAAUAAGAUGUAUAGGAGAAUUGCAUACUCAGUCAACUAUAAAUAUCUGCUGUUUUCAAGAAUAUCUUUUAAAGAUUUCAUGUAACACAAAUGAAGCAGAUUUAAUUUACAGUAUUAAAAAAUAUAAUCUAUUACAGGGUCAGAAAAAAAGUAGCACAACUUAACUUUACUGUACAUGCAUGUUAACCUGAAAUGUUUUAUUUGUAUGAAUAAAAGAUAACAAUUUUAAACAUA